AUGCCCAGAUUUGACUGGUCCUGGCCAAAACGCCCCAAACACCCCCAGGUUGAGCCAACAAGCAGCGACCACGCAAUAUCCGAAUACGAACAUGAAACCGCAACUAGUGUAGGGUCGCAAAGCGCCCCGUCAGUCCCCUUGUUUCCAGAUGGAGUUGAAGUGUUAUACGAUUGCCCCGACGCAGCCUUUGAUAUUUGUUUUAUUCAUGGAUUGACCGGAGAUCGACGGACUACUUGGACUGCCCCAAGAACUACCUGGGCUGCAAGCAAACAGCCAGCACCGUGGCCGCGAGAAUUCCUUCCUGCCGAUCUCGUCACUCGAGCUCGUAUAUUGACGUACGGCUAUGAUGCAUAUGUUUUGCGAAAAUCCGUGUCAUCAUCGAAUUGGCUGAGGGACCAUGCCACAAAUCUCCUGAAUAACUUGACGACAGAUAGAGCUUCCUGUAACGCAUCAUCAAGACCUUUGAUUUUUGUCGCACAUAGCCUAGGCGGUCUUGUCUGCAAGACGGCAAUAUUGCUCUCUCGCACUCACCCGGAUACCCAUCUUCGAGAAUUGUUUACUUCCACAAAGGGUAUCAUAUUCAUGGGAACGCCUCAUAAGGGCUCGUGGCUGGCUGAUUGGUCCAACGUUAGCAUUGAAAUUCUCGGGAGUGUGAAGUCUACCAAUACGGGAUUGAUGAAGGUGCUGCAGACUAAGGAUCAAUUCCUCGAGUCUGUUCAGCUUGAAUUUAUGGGCAUGUUGCGUGAAAACAAAUAUCUCAAAGUGACAUGCUUUUACGAGGAGCUGCCUAUGAAUAAGGUGGGGAAAGUGGUGCCCAAGCAAUCGGCGACACUAGAUGGAUAUAACUCCAUCAGUAUCCACGCCAAUCAUAGUGACAUGGUAAAAUUUGCCUCCAAGGAAGCCAACGGAUACAAAAGUGUACUCGGUGAACUUCAAAGAUGGACGAGUGAGAUUAGUGUUGAUCCGGGCCAGUCCGCUAUUGGAACAGAUGAAAAGAGAGAUUCGACGGUGGAAAGCUCGCCGCACAUAUUUCACAACUAUGGAAGUGGGAAUUUAACCACGAACACUAGUUCAGGUGUUCAGCAUAACUCCUUCGGCAGUGGUAACGUAUUUCACGGUCCCAUCCACGGCUUCCAACUUUCUUCACCACAGCCCCUUUGA